CUCCUGGUCACUUGAGAUAAAGAAUUGCAGCUUCGGAGAAGCGUGGUCCCACCCUCUGUGGGGCCCUCUCCUCCAGCCACAUUGUCCUGUUCACAAAACUCCAGCAUUUUUACAGAGGCCGUUUUCCCCACCAAAGUUCUUUAAUGAAUGUUUGAUACUGACUGUAAUUCGUCAGACCAUCACAGCGAAGUGUGGCCGUCCCUCCCUCCUGCCACUACCGAGCAGGAAAUGCCGGGCAUCGGGCACCUCGACACGCCGGGACCCCCGGACCCCGCCACGCCGCUGGAGCUCAUGGCCAACAACCUCCAGAUGGAGGGUCCAACCACUGACCCCACCAGCCAGCCCUGGCCGGGGCCCCCACCCCAGCCUGAGAUCCCAGCCCCCAGCUCGCACCGGGAGACCUGGACCGGCAAGUACAAGUUCCUGCUGUCCUGCCUGGGCUACUCUGUGGGGCUGGGCAACAUCUGGCGCUUUCCCUACCUGUGUUACCGCAACGGAGGAGGUGUCUUCCUCAUCCCCUACUUCAUCACGUUGCUCGUCAUGGGGCUGCCCCUCUUCCUGAUGGAGCUGAGCCUGGGUCAGUACGGAGCCGCGGGGCCCAUCACUGUCUGGAAGUGCUGCCCGCUGCUGAAAGGCAUUGGCAUUGCCAUGCUGAUCGUGUCCUCCCUGCUGUCCCUCUACUACAACGUCAUCAUUGCUUGGGCUCUCUACUACCUGGGCUCCUCCUUCCAGAGCCCCCUGCCCUGGUCCUGCGAUGCCCCCGGGAACGCGUACCUCUGCCAGAAUGCCUCAGGGAUUGUCAGUGCCAGCGAGGUUUUCUGGAACGAGCAGGUGCUGGGGGUGACGCACAGCUCCGGCCUCGGGGACCCUGGCACCGUGCAGUGGCCCCUUGCCCUGUGCCUGCUAGCAGCCUGGAUCAUUGUCGUCUUCUGCACGCUGAAGGGCAUCCACAGUUCAGGCAAGAUGGUGUACUUCAUGGGCACCUUUCGCUACCUGCUCAUCCUCACCCUCAUCAUCUGGGGGGCCACGCUGGACGGCUCCCUCGACGGCGUCCGCUUCUACCUCUCCUUGGACUGGAGCAGGCUGUGGAGUGCCCAGGUGUGGAGCGACGCGUCCUCGCAGAUCUUCUAUUCCCUGGGCAUCGGGUUCGGGGGGCUGGUCUCCAUGGCCUCCCACAACGAGUUUGACAACAACAUCAUCCGGAAAACCUUGGUCCUUGCCAUUGGGAGCUGCUGCACCAACUUCAUUGCCGGCUUUGCCAUCUUCUCGGUGCUGGGGCACAUGGCCUGGAGGAACCAAGUCCCUGUGGGCAGUGUCACCGACUCAGGCCCUGGGCUGACGUUCGUGGCAUACCCUGAAGCCCUCUCCCUGCUGCCCAUGUCCCCGCUCUGGUCCGUCCUCUUCUUCCUGAUGCUUUUCACGCUGGGAGUGAUUACUUCGUUUGAGAACAUUAAGGGCAUCACCACAGCCAUCCUGGACGAGUUCCCGGACCCGCACAACUGGAGGAGUAAGGUGGCGUUGCUGGGUGCUCUCUGUACCUCCUUCUACCUGCUGGGGCUCCUGCUGGUCACCCAGGGAGGCAUAUUCUGGUUCACCCUCAUUGACAAGUACAGCACCGGCUUUGGGCUGAUCACUGUCUCCCUCUUCAUGUGCCUGGGCAUCGCCUUCUGCUACGGUGUGAACCAGUUCUGCCAGGACAUCAUGCACAUGAUCUGCCAGUGCCCACCCUGGUACAGGUACAUGCUGGGCUACUUCAAGGCGUGCUGGGCCUUCUUUACCCCCUGCCUGCUGCUGACCGUGCUCAUCUGCGCCUGCCUGGACAUACACCGUGUGCCCCUGCACCAUGGCACCUACGAGUACCCCACCUGGGGCACGAGCCUCAGCAUCUGUAUGGGCAUCCUCACCUGCCUGCAGGUCCCGCUCUGGGCCGUCGUGGCCCUGUGCCGUGAGUCGGGGACGCUGAGAAACCGCUUCCAGAAAGCCAUCCAGCCCCUGCACUCCUGGAGGGCAGCCGCUGGCCGCAACGUGGCUGGAGACGUCAGCGAGGCGUUCACCAUCACCCUGACCAGCGGCGACUUCACCACGCUGCCCCACGGCAGCAGUGAAGACUGAUGGCGGCCCCGGGGCACCCCACGUCCUUGCACGGAGCCCCCCGGGAAGAUGGGACCCACUGAUGAUGGAUGGGGACACCCGCCGGGGGCUGGCUGCUGGUUGCACGUGGCUCCCCUUGUGCCGUCACCAUCACCCAUCCCGGCAGAUGAUAAUCACUGAUCCCAGCACGUAAUGCUUUUUCCUGGAAAUGUUCUGCACGCUCCAAAGGUGUUUCUGGGGGACUUUGUGAGCAGGACCGGCUGCCCGGGCCGUGCUCCAGCCCUUCGCUUGCCUCUGGGCAGUUGCCACAUCUCGUUGGAGUGGUUUGGGGGCAGCUGCGUGCGUCCCUGGCCCCAACCCUCAGCUCUCCCAGCAGGGCAGGCUGCCGGCAGUGUCCCUGGCAGCGGCAGCCACCUUGGGCAGGGGCCAGGCUGGCCAAGCCCACCGUGGCAGUGGGAACGGCACGCUGACCCCCGGGUGGGGGACUCCAGGCCCCCCCCCCAGCUGCCUCCCAGGCGGUGCUCGGGACCAGCGGCUCUGGCACGGCUGUUACCGCUGCGCUGCAGGGCUGGACUGGCCCAGCAGCCAAUUUCAAGCCCCCAGCCCAGGGCAGGUCCCCACUCGCCCAUCCCGGCCCCAGGAGCAGCACGGCGCAGGCAAGAGUGGCAAGGGCCGCCCCGUGGUUGGGUUUGUAGCCUCAGGGCGGCUGUGAGCGCAUGAUGCGUUUGCUGAUGCUGCAAUAAAGCUCCAUUUUCCAGAA